CCAGGCGGCGGGCGCCUGCGCAGUGGCUCCGAGCACGGGCGGUUGCUUGUUGGUUGUUGUAGUAACCGGGGAAGCUGCCGUGAGCCCGGCUGCGGAAGAAGAAGGGAGGUAGGAGCCGAGCGCGGUCCCCGCCUGCCCGACCCCGAGCCAUGGGAAAAUGAGACAGGAAUCUGUGCCACCCAAAUUGUCUGAUCCAGUGAAUCUGCCAGAAAAGGUCUGUGAGGCCCCCAGUCUGCUGACUGCAUGACAAACUCUAAAGGAAAUGCCUAUCGUGAUGGCCCGGGACCUGGAGGAAACAGCAUCAUCCUCAGAGGAUGAAGAGGUGGUAAGCCAAGAGGAUCAUCCAUGUAUCAUGUGGACCGGAGGCUGCAGGAGAAUUCCAGUUUUGGUAUUCCAUGCUGAGGCUAUUCUGACAAAGGACAACAACAUUCGAGGAAUUGGAGAACGUUAUCAUUUGUCUUAUAAGAUUGUGCGAACAGACAGUCGCCUGGUACGCAGUAUUCUGACAGCCCAUGGAUUUCAUGAAGUUCACCCCAGCAGCACAGACUAUAACCUGAUGUGGACAGGAUCCCACCUGAAGCCCUUCUUACUUCGCACCCUCUCUGAAGCACAAAAGGUUAAUCACUUUCCCAGGUCUUAUGAACUAACCCGGAAGGACCGACUGUACAAAAACGUCAUUCGGAUGCAGCACACUCAUGGAUUCAAGGCUUUCCACAUCCUCCCUCAGACCUUCCUCUUGCCAGCUGAGUAUGCGGAAUUCUGUAAUUCAUAUUCAAAGGACCGGGGACCUUGGAUAGUUAAACCAGUGGCCUCUUCUAGGGGGCGUGGCGUCUACUUGAUCAACAAUCCAAACCAGAUUUCCCUGGAAGAGAAUAUCCUGGUCUCCCGUUAUAUUAACAACCCCCUGCUCAUAGAUGACUUCAAGUUUGACGUGCGCCUCUAUGUGCUCGUGACUUCCUAUGAUCCUCUUGUCAUCUAUCUCUAUGAAGAAGGAUUGGCUAGGUUUGCCACCGUGCGAUAUGACCAAGGAGCAAAGAAUAUUCGGAAUCAGUUCAUGCACCUGACAAACUACAGUGUGAAUAAGAAGAGUGGAGACUAUGUGAGUUGUGAUGAUCCAGAUGUAGAAGAUUAUGGAAACAAAUGGAGCAUGAGUGCUAUGCUCAGGUACUUGAAACAAGAAGGCAGAGAUACAACUGCAUUGAUGGCCCAUGUGGAAGACCUCAUCAUUAAGACUAUAAUAUCUGCUGAACUAGCUAUUGCUACAGCCUGUAAAACCUUUGUUCCUUAUCGCAGCAGUUGUUUUGAACUGUAUGGCUUCGAUGUGCUCAUAGAUUCCACUCUGAAGCCAUGGUUGUUGGAAGUUAAUCUCUCUCCUUCUUUGGCCUGUGAUGCACCUCUGGACCUGAAGAUUAAAGCCAGUAUGAUUUCAGAUAUGUUCACUGUUGUAGGAUUUGUGUGCCAAGAUCCUGCCCAGCGGGCAACAACCCGGCCAAUUUAUCCCACCUUUGAGUCUUCCAGGCGAAAUCCUUUCCAGAAACCUCAGCGUCCAGUAUCUGCACAGUUUCAGUCAUCAAACACCAAGCAGCGUUCCCGUCCACUCUCUGCCAGUGAUGCAGAAAUGAAAAACCUUGUGAGCUCAAGCCGGGAGAAAAUGCUGGGGAAGUUAGGUGGUUCUGUGCUUGGGCUGUCUAUGGAGGAGAUCAAAGUCUUACGGAGGGUAAAGGAAGAAAAUGAUCGGAGAGGUGGAUUUAUUCGCAUAUUUCCUACAUCUGAGACAUGGGAAUUAUAUGGGUCCUACCUCGAACACAAGACCUCUAUGAAUUAUAUGCUAGCAACAAGGCUCUUCCAGGACAGGGGAAACCCAAGAAGAAGCUUAUUGGCCGGAAGAACACGAACGAUUACUGAUGGAGCACCAGAACUGAAGGUAGAGAGCAUGAAUUCAAAGGCCACACUACAUGCUGCUCUUUAUGAGAGGAAGCUCCUGUCUCUGGAGGUGCGAAAACGUAGACGACGGAGUGGCAGAAUGAGGGCAAUAAGGCCAAAAUACCCAGUGAUUACCCAACCAGCUGAAAUGAAUGUUAAAACUGAGUCAGAGAGUGAAGAGGAGGAAGAGGUUACAUUAGACAAUGAAGAUGAAGAACAAGAAGCUUCCCAAGAGGAGUCUUCAAGUUCUCUUGAAGAAAAUCAAGACAAACACAUACCUUCCUCAUUGACUGUUAUGAUAGAAAAUUCACCUAAAGAAAAUUCUUUGCAAGUUCCUGAGUGGGAGGAUAAAACUGAACAAUGCUGCAAAAUUGAGACUCAGGAGCCAGAAUCUAAGUUUAAUCUGAUGCAGAUUCUGCAAAAUAAUGGAAAUCUAAGCAGAGUGCAGGCCCGAUUAGCAUUCUCUGCCUAUCUCCAGCAUGUGCAAGUUCGCCUGACAAAAGACAAUGGAGGUCAGACGCUCAGUGCCAGUUGGGCUGCCAAAGAGGAUGAACAGAUGGAGCUGGUAGUUCGUUUUCUCAAGCGAGCAUCAAGUAACCUCCAGCAUUCACUGAGGAUGAUACUACCCAGUCGACGAUUAGCACUUCUGGAACGCAGAAGAAUCCUUGCUCACCAACUAGGUGACUUUAUCCUUGUGUACAACAAGGAAACAGAACAAAUGGCUGAAAAAAAAUCAAAGAAGAAAUUUGAAGAAGAGGAGGAGGAUGGAGUGAAUGCAGAAAACUUUCAAGACUUCAUCACACAAGCCAGUGAGGCCGAACUGGAAGAGGUGUUAACUUUUUAUACCCAAAAAAACAAAUCUGCGAGUGUCUUCCUGGGGACUCACUCUAAAAGUUCUAAGAACCGAAAUAGCUAUUCUGAUAGCGGGGCAAAAGGUGAUCACCCUGAGACAACACAAGAAGUGAAAAUAAAGCAGCCCAAACAGCAACAGGUCACAGAAAUUCACUCUGAUAAAUUAUCUCGAUUUACCACUUCAGCAGGAAAAGAGGCUAAAUUAGUCUAUACCAAUUGUUCCUCUGCUUCUUUCUCUGGUCCUGCUCCUACUCUUCUGCAGAGACUUCCCAGCACCCAUUUGUCAUCUAUGAAAACCUCUGCCCUCUCACCAGGGCCUGUCCACUUUUCUUUGUCUCAGAUUCCUUCAGCUAUCCUCAGCAUGCCUCACCAGCCAACAGUUUUACUGAACCCAGUCCCUGACAGUGCUUCUUUCUCCAUACAUCCUGGGACACAGAACCUACCAAGCCCCGCUGGCCUGCCACGCUGUCGAUCAGGCAGUUACACCUUUGGCCCCUUUUCCUCUUUCCAAAGUGCUGCUCAAAUCUAUAGCCAGAAACUGUCUCGUUCCUCUUCAGCAAAGGCAGCAGGUUUAUGCCAUCCUCACAAGCAUCAUUCAGGAGUAGCAAAAACACAAAAAGAAGGAGACGAUAGUUUAUACAACAAACGGUACAACCAAACUCUGGUUACGGCUGAACUCCAGAGGCUCGCUGAGAAACAGGCAGCAAGGCAGUAUUCUCCCGCCAGCCAUAUCAGUCUCCUCUCCCAACAGGUAGCAAACCUGAAUUUGGCAAGUGCUGUCUUAAACAGAAGCAGUGCUUCAACUCCCCCCACCCUCCGACCUCUCAUCAGUCCUAGCGGUCCAACGUGGUCGAUGCAGUCAGACUCUCUCGCUCUUGAGAACUCUUCGAGCCCCAUUGGAAGCAGGAGCCUCCAAACAGGUGGCCUUGCCUGGGAAGGAGAAGUAGAGAACAACGCCUAUAGCAAGGCUACAGGGGUGGCCCCCCAGCACAAAUACCACCCCACAGCAGGCAGUUUCCAACUCCAUUUUGCCCUCCAGCAACUUGAACAACAGAAACUUCAGUCCCGGCAGCUUCUGGACCAAAGUCGAGCUCGGCACCAGGCAAUCUUUGGCAACCAAACAUUCCCUAGCUCCAAUUUAUGGACAAUGAAUAAUGGUGCGGGCUGCAGAAUUUCAAGUGCCACGGCUGGUGGCCAGAAGCCAACCACUCUGCCACAAAAAGUGGUGCCACCUCCAAGUUCUUCCUCCUCCCUGCUCCCCAAACCCCCAUCCAAUCACAAACAAAUGCUCAGAAAGGCAACAUCCCAGAGAGCUUCCAAAGGGUCCUCGACGGAAGGGCAGCUGAAUGGACUCCAUAGCAGCCUUAAUCCUGCAGCCUUCAUGCCCACCACCAGCUCCACAGGACCUUUGGAAGCUCCCAAAGUCAUUUUCGCCAGAUCCAAACGCUUACCCCCACGAUCUGGAACCCUUGCUGCAAUUAUAGGACAGAGAAAAGCAAAGUAGGUGAAGGCAAGGCCAAUUUAAGGUAAUAGUAAGAAUAAGAGCAUUUUUUUUUAUUAUUACCACUUUCUGACUUUAUGCCAUAGCAAGACAGCUAGGGACAGUGAAGAUGAUGGACAUAGUUCAAUGCUUGGCAUUUGUGAGGCCCUGGAUUAGAUCCACUAUAUACAAUACCAUAAACACAAACACACACACACACACACACACACACACACACACACACACACACACGGCACACCAGUGAAGUUGGGAUUUCUUAAAACGAACUCAGAAAAAUGCUCCAAAAUCUGAAUAAAUUGAGCUACAAAUAGUUUGCUUUUAUAAUAGUCUACCAGUAGGUGGAGCUGUGGCAGUAAGAAAUUUUUCUAUGAAAGGCUUUUGUUUAAAAAUGUGGGCUCUUUGAGACAAUUUAAAGAAACUAUAGCGAUAAUUUAGUUUUCACAGGUAAAGUGUAGCAAUAUAUGAGAAAAUGUGAUAUUUUGAAGAUCAUAUUAUAAUAGUCUUAAAGAGAAUUAUAAUAUUAUCAAAAAGGCUCUUUGUCAAGGGUUAGUUUGUGAACUAGACUUACAAGUAAUAGGAAGUGGAGAAGAAACAACAAUGUAUUAUUUUAAUUUAAUUAAUUAAUAACACUUUGCUGAGUUGUAUAAAAUAAGCAUGCACUGUAACUGGCAACAAAACAAGUCAUAAACUUCAUCCCACACACAUUUUUUUUUAAUCCCAUACAUUAAAGGAACUGUCCAAACUUGAUCUUAUGAAGCUGCAUCUAUACUCACUAAAUGCUUCCCUGAGUAUUGUGUCCCCAACUGUGGCUUUCAAAAUUUUCCAGAAUUCUGUAAAACCUUGGGACUGUGAUGAUUCUUUAAUGGCCCACCUGCUAUGAGUUUAAUAUUCUUCUUACCUCUCGGGGAAUAUUUAUAAACUAUUUGAGAAGCAUUAUUCAUUAAAAUACCCCCCAGGAGAGCAAAGGAGAAAGGAAAAUUAUUUACCCGCCACAGGAUUCAUUUACCUUGGAUCAGAAAACUUCAAAUAUCUUUCUCCUGCCCAUCUAAAAUCUUUCCAGGGUGAAAUGAGAAGAGACAGGAGUAUCAAAUCCAUGGAUUGGUUAUCCACCAAAAUGUACCCCAAAACGCUGAAAAUAACUAGAGUUCUUUGGUAACAUUUAGCCAAUGGCCCCUUAGUGUUGAUACUAAGCAGCCUGUCCAGAAAAGAACUCAUAAAAUACAGAAAACUAAAGUGAGAAGGUCAGAGUGAAUGUGACAUCAAGCUCCAAACCAAACUGACGCCUGCCAAGAAGUACUUGUGUCCAUCCAUUUCCAGGACUGUGAGCUUUGGGCCGGCCACUGCUGCGGUAUCGGUAUCGCUUUCCUUAGUAUCCCUUACAGCCCACCCUGAGCAUUACAUGGCAGUAUAUAUCAUCAGCAGAGAAGCCUGCCUCUUAACUUGCCAACCCUUUGCAAACACAGCCCCCUGAGCCUGAGAUGUCCAUAUACUGGGAUGGCUGAGGCUGUGAGACAUGGCACAGAAUACAGAGCAGGCCUGAGUCUCAGAAGUCGAUCUCCCAGAGCCAGGCCCAGCAGCCUGGCAUCAGCAGAUGACGCUGGGCUGCCUACCUCUUGUUGAGCUGGGAAAUAAUGUAUGAGACAAGACCUCAAAGGUCACAGCUCCUUACCAGAGGCUUUUUUUUUUUUUUAGUUGUGAAUGAGUUGUAGAGGGUAAAGAUCCCUUCAACUACAAUCACAAAUAAGCAUCAUCAAGGUUCUGACAGUCCUAGAACGUUUUCAUAGAUGGCUUUCAUGAAGCAGUGAACUUCCUUGACAGCCUUACCAUGUGCUCACGUACCUUGUUACAUAUACUGAGAAGCCAUUAGUUGUCCUUAACAAAGGACAGAGAGAAGGGUCUGUUAGUCCCCUGUAUGCUACCCCAGGUAAGUGUCAAGUUUACAGGCAUUGCUGUUUGCUUAGAUUCUAUGUUUGUUAACUGUGUUUACUUGUUUUCUGUACUCUUGGUGAUCUGGCAUUUGGGGAGCUUAUAGUCCUGCAAAGAGGCUGUUGUUCCCUUUCCCUCCCCCCAGUAAUAGUUCAUUCCUGAAGAUAUUAACAACUUGUCCAUAAGCAUACCUUUUAUAACAGACCAACCAGCUCCAGGCUUAUGCUCCCAGCUACCCUCUUUAUCUAACUCUCCCACGCCAAACUAAAGCCUCCCCUGCCCUGAUCAUUCCAAGGCCAGAUUCCAUUCAACUAGAGUACUUCAGAGUCCCAGAGUUCACAGGAAUUAUUCAGACAAGCCAGUCCCAACCUGUUUAUUUGCCAUGCCUUCUUUUUGUUCAGAAAACCCCAGUGAAGGCUCUGGCCAAGACUGUGUCUUUGUAGGCUCCCAUCUCCCCCUUCCUGAUGGACGCCAGUGGUUUCCCUAUGACAAACCCCCUAACCUCCAAUUUUGAGACCUAUGAACAUAAUCCGUUUCUUCCUUCUAAGCCUUCUCCUCCUCUGGCCACAUUGCCUUUACCGUCCAAUAUGACAUCCUUCAAACAAACAUCCUCAGGAAGGUAUCUUUAAUUUGUAGCACCAGAGGCCAGCAAAAGUAUGAAUCAGGUUUUUAUCACCCAGUUCUAAGCAACUGUCUCAGCACUCAUCGUAUGCUUUAUUACACACAUGGUGUGUUCAGUGUAACUGCCAGCUCAAUCUGGCUG